ACCAGCGAACAGUAUCUGAUCUUGCACACUCAGCCUCUUUUCACACGUGCGCCUAACAACCCUUCAAUCCGUUCCCGCUAAAACCCAUGAACAGAACAGAAAAGAAAAGAAAAGAAAAAAAAAAACAGAAGGAUAAACCGCCAACAAAAUCCAAAACCCUCUCUCUCUCUCCAAACUUUCAAAUGCAAUUCCCUCUCUCAAGACCCAUCUCAUCUCUCUCUUUCUCUCCGCCAAACCCUAACACCAACCCUAGAAACAAAACCCUCUCUCUCCUUCUCUCUCUUCCCUUCCAAAACCAUUCCACCAUUACUGACCACGACGACGGCAGCAGCAGUAACAAUAACAACAACGACCAUAGGGGUCUUCUCAUCAGUGAAAGGGGCCUUAAAUUCCACACCGGCGAUUCCUUCUUCCGCUCUGAAAGUGCAGUGGGCCGUGACCUCGCGGUCCUGUCUGCUGCCCUCCACAAGCGAUCCAAUCAAAACCUCCGUGUCCUUGACGCAAUGUGCGGGUGCGGUGUCCGCUCCCUUCGCUACCUCCGCCAGGCCGGUGCGGACUUCGUCUGGGCUAAUGAUGCCAAUGAGGAUUACAGGCACACCAUUGUGUCGAAUCUGUCAGGUGAAAUUAGGGUUUCAGAUGGUGGAACCCGGAGAUGGGUUGUGACGCAUUCAGAUGCCAAUAGAGUUUUGGUGGAGAGGUAUUUGGAGAGGGAUUUCUUUGAUUUGAUCGAUGUGGAUUCAUUUGGGAGUGAUUCUGGGUUCUUGAGGUCGGCAAUUGCAGCAGUAAGGAUUGGGGGGUUGGUUUAUGGGACGUCGACGGAUGGGUAUUCAUCAGGCGGGCAUCGGCCUCAGCAUUCUUUAGCUUCAUAUGGAGCAUAUGUUCGGCCUAUGCCAUAUUCGAAUGAGGUUGGUUUGCGAAUGCUUAUAGGUGGGGCUCUACGGGAAGCUGUUGUUUUGGGCUUCCACAUUUCACCACUUUUCUCAUAUUAUUCGUACCAUGGACCUGUUUUCAGAGUCAUGUUCCGUGUGAAUCGUGGGAAGCUUCCUGACAAUGGCUGCUAUGGUUUCAUUAGUUACUGCAACCUAUGUGGAAAUUCUCAAGCAUUUUCAUGGCAUGAACUGGGGAAGAUUUCUUGCCCUUGCAGCAAUGGGGAGGUUUCCCGUUCACUGGUGGUGUCGGGUCCACUUUGGACUGGACCGCUUCAUGAUGGGGAUUAUGUUACUGAAAUGUUAAAAUUAGCUGAAGAGUGGGGCUGGACAGGCAAUGGCAUGAAAGGCACAGAUUUAGAAAAGCUAUUGAAACAGAUGAUCGAUGAAAGUGACCCUGACCUCCCAUUUGGAUACAUCAGGCUAGAUGAGGUAGCUAGUCGAGCAAAAGUAAACUCCCCUCCCCUCAGGACCAUUAUCAGCACCUUGCAUGAGGAAGGAUAUGCUGCGAGCAGGUCACACAUCGCCUCAAAUGCAAUCAAGACGAAUUGUCCCAUGUCUAAGUGCAUUCAAAUUGCAAAGCAACUCCAGAGUCUCUAGGUUCAAACAUUAAGGGGAGCGUUCAAGCUUGGCAUUGCUCUUGGGAGGGCCUUCUCGAAUGGUGAUGUGAUUUUUCACUACUCCCACACACUACCGUUGUUACCUGAUUUCGAGCCCCAAGUGUACCAUGUUGAUAUUGAGUAGUGUUAGCCAGAAAUUGGGUUAGCUUGGACUUCAUGUGCAAAAGCCCUUCCUAAGUUUUUGACAUGAGCUCUCAGUUUGCCCAAUGGAAUUGAUGUCAUUUAUGCAUAAAUCAUUACCAUGCCCAUGAAAUCUCAAAUUAGAAGGUUGGGAGA